GGCUUCAUCCCACCGCGCGCCACCGGACCUUGAACGGUUGAACCCCCCUGCCUCCCCAGUUCCCCAGCCAUGGCGGCGGCCCCCUACGACCGGGAGGACGGUCUGCAGCCGUCGGCGCCGCCGCACGCGGUGGACGCUUACGAUCCCAGCUACGUGCCGGACUCCGUCAAGACCUUCGUGGUGCACCUGUACCGCCACAUCCGGGACAAGAACGUCUACGAGAUCCACCAGAUGUACGAGGGCGGCUUCCAGCGCCUCUCCGACCGCCUCUUCCGCGACGCUCCCUGGCCCUCCGCGGAGGCCGUCGCACCCUACUGCGACGGCGAUCCCGUCUUCCUCCUCCUCUACCGCGAGCUCUGGUACCGCCACGCCCACGCCCGCCUCUCUCCGCUCACUGCCGCGCACCGCGCCGAGUCCUGGACCAACUACUGCGACCUCUUCAGAGUCGUCCUUCACGGCGUCGUCAACAUGCAGCUGCCCAACCAGUGGCUCUGGGACAUGGUCGACGAGUUUGUCUACCAGUUCCAGAGCUGCUGCCAAUACCGCGCCAAGCUCAAGACCAAGACGGAGGACGAGCUCAACCAGCUCAAGCAGUUCGACAAGGCGUGGAACGUGUACGGGGUCCUCAACUACCUGCAGGCGCUGGUCGAGAAGUCCAUGAUCACACAGAUCCUCGAGAGGGAGAAGGAGGGCCUGGAGCAGUUCACCGCCACCGAUGGCUACGACUACGAGGGCGGGAGCAACGUGCUCAAGGUGCUCGGCUACUACAGCAUGAUUGGCCUCCUCAGGAUACACUGCCUCCUUGGGGAUUACCACACUGGCCUCAAGUGCCUCGGUCCCAUCGACCUCAACCAGCAAGGGGUCUACAGCAUUGUCAUCGGGAGCCACAUUUCCACCAUCUAUCACUAUGGCUUCGCAAACCUUAUGAUGCGCAGGUAUGUUGAGGCCACUCGUGAAUUCAACAAGAUUCUUCUGUAUAUCCUCAAGUACAAGCAGUAUCAUCAGAAGUCCCCUCAGUAUGAUCAGAUACUGAAGAAAAAUGAGCAGAUGUAUGCACUGUUGGUGAUUUGCCUAUCUUUGUGCCCACAGAACAAGCUCAUUGAUGAAAAUGUUAGCACCCAGCUGAAAGAAAAGUAUAACGACAAGAUGACAAAGAUGCAGAGGUAUGAUGAUGAAGCAUACGCUGCUUAUGAUGAGCUAUUUUCGUAUGCUUGCCCCAAGUUCAUUACACCAUCACCUCCAGUGCUGGACCAGCCGCUAACAAACUAUAACCAGGAUGCAUACCGUCUACAGUUGAAGCUGUUUCUUUAUGAAGUAAAGCAGCAGCAGUUGCUUUCUGGGAUCCGGAGUUAUCUGAAGCUAUAUUCAACAAUAACCAUUAGCAAACUUGCCCAAUAUAUGGAAGUGGAUGAAGCAACGCUAAGGUCAAUCUUGAUGACAUACAAGCACAAAAUGCAUGCGGUUGACAGUGACGGAAAGAUGGUAUCGAGUGCAGACUUUGACUUUUACAUUGUUGAGGAUGUUAUUCAUGUCGUGGAGUCCAAACCUACUAAGCGUCAUGGCGAUUACUUUUUGAGACAAAUUUUGAAGUUCGAGGAAAUGAUCGGUGGACUGGAUAAAGUACAGCUUGACUGAACCUGGUAGCAAAUAUGGAGAGAAAUGCCACUGCUUUCUUUUUGCUAAUAUAGGAAUAGAUGUUUAUGAUGGAUGUCAUUAGCAAGUUAUGUUUGUGCCUUCUGUAGCCCAUGCAAAAACCCGUCAUUUUUUCUCUCUUUUCACUGGAUUCGACUUUGAAGCCCGUUGAGGCAAUUAGCAGAGUCGUGAUGUUAAUUUUGGUCGCCCAGUUGCUUGAAUAGUGAUCUCAUAUCCUAUCUGGGAGUGGCAUGC